GCAGCCUUCUUCUCUUCAAAUGACGUCACCACGCGUGCCCGGAAUGACGCAUAUGUUUUCAUGGUGGAACUUGAGUGAAAGUUCCUUUCAAGUUGUGGCGUUUUAUUGCAUAAUUAGAGAGUCUUUUUUGUGCAGAAACUUAAAGAAUUAACCAUGUCCACUGCUGAGCCCAUCGUCACAUCAAGACAAACGGAGAAAGAAGUCAAUGGCAUUUUAACGCAGGUCGUCUGUACAAAGUUCAGCAAUUACAUAUUUAUAGUGCUCACUCAGUACAGCAAAAUUGGAACAUUGAUAUCUGUCACGCCUGAGUCCAGAUCUAAUGAUGUCACCACCUCAAUGUUCUCCACAAAAGUACUACUGGGAAAAGAUGAGGCUCUGAUGCACGUUUGUGCUAAAAACCUGGUCACGUUUGUCUCACACGAAGCUGGAAACAGACCUGUCUUACUGGGACUGUCACUGAAGGAUUCCUCCAUAGAUGCAAUAAAACAGAUGAAAGAGAUCAUCAAAAGUUGCCAAGUCUGGUAGAAUAUCAAGAUUGAGUGUUGAAGUUAAGAAACAGUAUACAUGACAUUUCCUCUUUACCCCUAACACCACAUUUUUGUAAUUUUUUUUUUUUUUUUUUUUGUUAUUGUUAUUGGCUGAAAGUUUGACUCAAUAAUAAUGACUUUUUUUUUUUUUUUUUUUUUUUUUUUUUUUGGAAAGUCCAAGGGCGGUCUCAAAACCAAAAGUGUUUAGACUAAAUUUCAUCUUCUGUAGAUUUGUCGAGACAGUGAAAUAUUCUGGAAGACCAUGUUUAAAAUGUAUCUUCUGUACUUACAUUAUUUUACUGCAAAGUGUGAACUUUCUAAGACUGAGGAAUGUUUGACUAACAUGUUGUAUGCAAAACAGAUGGCCUUGAGUGGUAUUACCUGAGUUAUAUAAUUUUCUUUUUCUUUUCAAACAUUGCCUUUGUGUGCUUUAAUUUGUAAUACACUGUAUUGUUUUUGUAUUACGGAGAUGUGUUUAAGGAGGUCUUAAAAAUAAAUGUUAUAAGGGUCCUUGGUCUGGUCCCUUCA